AAACAUAAACAUUUGAAAAUUUAUCAUCAGAAUAAACAUUUUUUGAGACAAAUCAAGGGAAAGAAUUGAAAUUUUGCAUCACAACUCGCACCACAUUCUAGCUGUGGAUACAAAGAUUACAAAUUGAUUAAAAGUUUAAACAGAAAAACUGAAAUAUUUUGAUAAAAGUUGAAAUAUUUGAUGCUUCAUUGUGUUCAAAUUGUUGCAAAACCAGCUGCAAAUUUUAUUUGCAAGUUUUGAAAUUUGUAUUGAUGAGUGCUGGAUUAUUUUGGAAAACCAAGGAUGAUAGUUUAGUUUUUAAAAUUGUGCAUUCAAAGUAUCAACAGCAAAGACAUUGAGUUUGAAGAAAAUUCUUUAAAUGCUCAAUUUGUCAAAAGCAGACUGGAAAGACGCUGAGAGGAUCAGAACUUUAAAUGUUUAGCACAUAUUGAUUUGAUAAUUAUAAGUUUAAAUUGCAAACAUUAAAAUUUCAAAUAAUUUAAAAAAAACUAGCCAUCAGAAUGAUGAAUAACUCUAUGAUGAUGGAACCAAUGGACAUAAAACCAUCACUUGAUAUUAAACCUUUUCAUAGAGCUCCCGAGCCAAUUCACAAAGUCAAUCAAGCCACACAAAAAACAGUAGUCGUUGUCGGCAAGGAGCACUUUCUCAUGUGUAAACAGUUAAUGCAGGAUAAUGCAACAGAUGAUGAGUUUGCGUUACUCCUCAAUAUUCCACCUGACAAGGUUCGAUAUUUUAAACAUAAAAUGCAAAUUUUUGAGGACAAAAUUCGUGCACGCCGUCGAGCAGCAAGGCUUAAUAAGAGAAGAAAUAGAAGAAAUAGAAAGAAACCGGAAGGAAGUAUAAAUCGGUAUAUAAGGAAAAAGGAAAUGUCAGCAGAAGAGAGAUUUAAAUAUGCACGACAGUUAAUUCUUGAAAACUUUUCAACAAGAGAAAUUUCAAAAGCAUUAAGAGUCAGUGAAAGAAGUGUCACAAGAUUCCGAAGGAGAUUAAAUGAACAAAAACGGAAACUACAAGAAGAAGGCAAACUAGAAGUUGAUCCAGAGGAGGAAACAGAAGAAUAUAAAUUUAAAUUCCUUAGUGCAGAAGUAAAAGCUGAAAAAAUUGCAGAAUUAAGCGAUAAAGGAAUGGGAGCAACAGAAAUAGCAAAAGCACUUCACAUUAGUGACAAAACAGUUCGGAGAUGGCGAAUUAGGCUUGAUGAAAUGAAAGCUAAUCCUGAUAAAUACAAUAAGAAAUAUAUGAGGAAAGAACCAUGUGAAAGGCCAAGAUAUGAGCCAAAAAAGCAAUAUAUUAAAUCACUUGACAAAGAAGUCAUCGAAAAAGCAAAGCGAUUAUUCGAAAAGGGAGAAACUAACAAAGAUAUGUGCGUAAUUCUUGGGCUUUCUAUGAAUACCGUCAAGAAAUUAAUUAAAAUGAUCACAAGUGGAACAAUUGAUACCCUCGUUGACGACACUUUAGAUCUUCUAACCUCAAAAGGACGCGGAAAACUUGCAAAAGUUUCAGAUUAUACUAGAAAGAAAGUCAAAAAAGAAAAAGAAGUUAAGAGUGAAUGGGAUGAAGAAGACAAUAAGAUUGAUGACGAUGAUGAUUGGGGUAAUGAUGGAUUUGAUGAUGAUCCCUGGGGAGGUAAUGAUGAUAACAAAUGGGGAGAUGACAGCAGCAGUGAUGAUGAAGAUGACGAUGUUCCUCUUGCGCGACUGAAAAAAGACGAUAGUUUUGGCUCAAUUAAGGUUAAAGAUGAAGGACGAGAUGAGUUUGAUGAAGCUACAUUUGCUGAUGCUGACCCAUUAGAUCCACUUUCAUGUGUUAUUAUUGAGGAAAAUCCAGGAUCACCAGCAGCAGCAGCAAUAACACCUGAAAAACCGAAAAAGAGUACACCUCCCGAACCUAAAAAACCGAAAUCGUAUCUAGGCGAGCGAGAAGUUAUCAUAGCAAAAAUUUUACGUGAACGAGGAAUUCGUACAAUGGAUAUUGCCAUGUUGAUGAAUAUUAGUGAAAGAUCAGCAUCAAGACUACUUCAAAAAGCAAAAGAUCUUAGUGUUGAAAAAUAUGAAAAAGAAAUUAUCGAUCAUGUCAAUGAAUUAAUUGAGAAUAAGGAAAAAAUAAUUGAUCAUAAGAAGGCGACAGCUCCAUUAUUUCCAGAAGCUAAAGGAUAUGAUGAUACAAAGAGGAGAACAGGAAUGAGAAUGUUGUCAAUGAAUGUUAAGCCAAAAGACAUUGCUAUGAUCCUGAAUGUAUCUGAAAAAACAAUCAAGAGAUGGAAGGAAAGACUAGAUUUAGAGCAAGCUGAAGCAGCAAGAACAGGAACAACCAGUGGUCACGAAAUUUUUAAUGAUCUUUUUCCUUUAAAGCAAGAGCCAGUUUUUCAUGAUAUCGAAGAUGAGGAAUAUUAAUUGAAGUUGAAUUGCUGUUCGAAACUUGAAGAAUUUUUAAGGUUAAGCAAUUUACACGCGAAAAUUUUUAACUAAGUGAUUUUUUGAAUUCUGGACGCUUCUUGAGUAAACUUUGUAACCUGAAAUUUGAAUAAGAAUUCAACUUUAAACUAAUAAGCAGUUGACUCAAUUGGAGUUAAAACCACAACAUUUGACGAAUAAGAUGAGAUUUUUAACAUUUAUCCCCAGUGGAUUAACUGUAAAUAGUCUUAUUUGAAAGGAUGAAACUAUUAAAAGCAUUAUCAUAAUGUGCUUAUAAACAUAUUCUGAGUGCAAGUGCUGGGUUUCUAGCGAAAGCUAAAAAUAACUCAUUUAAAUGCAUAAUAUCAUUAAAGCAGCUAAAUUAAAAAAUCUGUCAAAAAGUCUCAGUCGAUUUCAAGCUCUGCUUUUUUACAAUCAAUUUAGAACCUUUUCUCAGAAGUUGAAUUAGAAGUUUCGAUUUUUUAUCAUCUCGUGCAUAAUGAGAAAAUUAAAAUAUGUUAUAAGUUAUAAGAUUUUAACGAUAAUCUCUGUCCAUAUUUAGAAAAUUGAGAAAAAAAAUUAAAUAAAGUAUAAAAAUAAGUUAAAUAUUAUUGGGGACUAUCUGUAAAGUCCCUAACAUAAAAUCAUAUUAAAUAAUCAUUUUAGAAAACG